AGCAGUAACGAAUACGUUUUAAUAGCACGAGAUCAAUAAAAUUUCGGCUAGUAUCAUCAGUAUCGCGUAUCAUCUUGGUGAAGUCUUUGAUCUAAUCAAAACGUUAGAGGUGUGUUUUGUGUUCAAUAUAUCGGUUUCCGCAGAAAACUGUAACAAACGGACAUUACAUAACUUUUAUUUUCGAUAAAGGCAGAUGAUAUCAGCAAAUGAUUAAUGAAGAUGGAACUCGAGUGUUAAGACCAUUCACAAAAAUCAAUUAACCAUUUCGCAUAUGUUUAAAAAUAAAUCCAAUGCAUUAAUGAAACGCAAUUGUGAAAGAUAAUGUGUACAUAAUGGCUUAUCAUCAACCUGAAUUGACUUUAUACACAGCCAGCGAUUGUGUUGGAAUUGUAAAUAUUUUCGUGGUUUGAGAGAGGAUGUUUAUGACAGUUCUGAGAAUUGGUUGCCGUAAUUGUUGGCCUUUUAAUCACGUAAUCAUCUUAACGAUUUCAACUAUAACAAUUUAUGAACAACAUGGAUAACUUUGGUGAAAUAAACCUCGCGUAUGAAGAAAACAAUGACGACCGGAAAACUAAAGGUGCUGAAGAUCCAACCAUAAAUGAUCUACCUCCAAUUACGCCAAAUAUAAAUUAUGGACCGAAAGAGGGUAGGAGAAUGCUGAAGAACGUCUUAUUGAUCAGCUUCUCUUUUACCUUUCUUUUCACCGCAUUUCAAAGUAUGGCCAGUUUACAGAGUUCGUUGAAUACAGGUGGACUGGGAACAUACUCAUUAAGUGUCAUCUAUGGAAGCAUGAUUGUAUCAAGCAUGUUCCUGCCAACAUUUUUAAUUCGAAAAUUGACUGCAAAAUGGACUCUCGUAUUGUCCGUUUUCACGUAUUCAACAUACAUUGCUGCCCAAUUUAAGCCGAGCUACGGUACAUUGAUUCCCUUCGCGGUUGUCGUUGGGUUGGGUGCGGCCCCACUGUGGUCGGCAAAGUGUAUGAUUUUAUCGCACAUUGGACAUCAGUACAGCCAAUUGACUGGAAGGAAGGAUGCAGAGGUAGUGAUAGUUCGGUUUUUCGGGAUAUUUUUUCUGUUCUUUCAAUCAUCGUCGAUAUGGGGAAACUUAAUUUCUUCGGCGGUGUUGGCUCAAGAUGCUAGAAAGUGUACAAAUGACGUGGAUAAAAUAUGUGGAGUUAAUUAUUGUCCAGACACGAAAUUUUGCAAUGCUGCUGAAAAUGUCACUGAUACGAUUCGGGACUCAACGAGAUACACAUUAGCUGGAAUUUAUUUAGCAUGCUCGUUGACAGCCGCUGUAAUUCUUGCUAUUUUCCUGGAUCCACUCACAAGAUAUGGUGAAAAGGAACGAUCUGGCAGCUCCUCUAAACUAGCCGGGAAUCAAUUGUUUAUUGCCACAUUUAAGCACAUGAAGAAACCGAUUCAAAUGUUGAUGAUUCCACUAACAGUUUGGUCCGGAAUGGAACAAGGAUUUUUCGGUGCUGAAUAUACCGCCGGUUACGUGAAUUGUGCGUGGGGCAUAGAGAAAAUCGGUUAUGUUCUGAUUUGUUACGGAGUGGUGGACGCAAUUGGAUCGGUUUGCUGUGCGCCGAUCGUACGAUACACGGGACGCAUCGUAAUUCUUACUUUCGGAGCUAUUGUGAACAUUACCACUAUAAUUGUCAUGUUUACGUGGAAACCAAGUGCAGACGCUCCGAUCAUGUUUUUUGUCGUAGCCGGUUUAUGGGGACUCGCAGAUUCAAUCUGGCAGACGCAAAUCAAUGCACUGUAUGGAGUUCUGUUUCCACAAGAUGAGGAACCGUCAUUCAGCAAUUACAGGCUAUGGGAAUCAUUGGGCUUCAUUCUAGCUUACAUAUUUUCGAAUGUUUUAUGUGUAAAUGUGAAGCUCUACAUUUUACUUGGUGUAAUUUUGGCCGGAAUGGCGGGAUAUUUUGCAGUAGAAUUCUUAGAAAAUCGACGAAAAAAACGCAAGGAUGCUCCUUGAUGGUCGAUUUAUCGAAUAAAUGUUUUCAAUCAUUCAAUAUUU